AGAGAGAGAGAGAGGAGAGAGAGGAGGGGGAGCUGUGUGGAGGCUCAGUCUGAGCAGAAGGGCUCAUUUAAGGGGAGCAGCCGCAGCCCGAGCAGCAGAUACAGAAAUACUUGUGCACUGACAUCAGCUGAGAUAAGGCACAGCCACUACUGUUGAUUUGAGGACAUCUCUCCUGCCGGCAAGGUGAUACUCGGAGACUCGCCGCUUUCAUCCAUCCGCGGGCUAUUUUUACGCACAGAAAGCGGCUCCAUGGCUGUUUCUCUCGGCUUUCUUUGGGGACUAUGAGGACCGGAGCUGAAGUUUGAGCGGCUCCAGGUUGAUAGAGUGAAUUUGCAUCGCGCCUCCAGGCCCUGUACGUCUGUGUGUGUGCGUGUGUGUGUGUGUGUGUGCGUGUGCGUGUGUGCGUGUGUGUGCGUGUUUAUUAUCGCCGCUGUUAUCUCGCACGCAGGAGAAGGGUGGCUGUUCUCCUGUUGUUGGAUAGUUGUCGUUUUCCAGAAGGAUGGUGCUGGACAAGGAGGAGAGUGUUUCUCUCGUGUCCCUCCAGUCCAGGGAGAAGCCGAGAGGCUGCGCCGGCUGCAAUGGAAAGAUCCGGGACCGCUUCAUGCUGCAGGCAUUAGACAGGUACUGGCAUGAGGACUGUCUGAAGUGCGCCUGCUGUGACUGCCGCCUGGGCCGGGUGGGCUCCACGCUCUACACCCGGGCCAACCUCAUCCUCUGCCGCAGAGACUACCUGAGACUCUUUGGGGUGACGGGGAACUGUGCAGCCUGCAGUAAGCUGAUCCCUGCCUUUGAGAUGGUGAUGAGAGCCAGAGACAACGUCUACCAUUUAGACUGCUUCGCCUGUCAGCUCUGCCGCCAGAGAUUUUGCGUGGGAGACAAGUUUUUCCUCAAGAACAACAUGAUCCUGUGCCAGCUGGACUAUGAAGGAGGCCAUCUUAAUGGCAGCACCGAGAGGCAGCCUCAGUAAGAGAUCGGGAGGAUGACUGUGAGCCAGUUGGACUAUGAAACUCACAGCAGCGCACCCCUCAUCAGGUUCUUGUUUCAGCCUGAACUGUGUGGAAAAAAAAAACACUGAUUGGACAGAUUUCCAGCAGCCCAUGCUUGAACUCUUUAUUACAGAGCUGCGCAGUAAUUUCCCUUAAAACUGCCUCUUCUGAUCAGAUGGACUCGAGAUCAACCAGGAAGUGAAAAUAGAGAAAUGAAACCAUCAGGAGGAUGUUUUCCAAAGCACUUAAUGGGGACUGAGAACAGAAAUAGAGUGAACUAGUGUUUGCAAGUAAUUCAUAGAGUCUGUUUCACCAAAUGUGAAACACUAGAUGGAUGGGGGGAUGCCAAUCAGGCCACACAUAGCAUCAACCAAGUCAUCCAUCAAAGAAAAAUACAAAGUUCCCUGUGAUUGUCAAAUUGUUCUGGCAGUCACUGAAGUGUCUUUUGUGGUGAACCCCACCCAGUCGGCUUGAAGGAAAGCCACAAAACAAACUGAAACAUAUUUGCAAAUGUUGUUUGGCUCUAUUUAGCAAAUGAGGAGGACGAACUGUUCCUCCUCCAUCUUUCCGCCUCUCGACUCUGAAGAAUCGAGGGGAGCUUCAAGCACACCGUAGUUUUGUUCUCAUGCUGGUUCUUCUUGACUAAUUAAACUGGAUUUUAAUUUCA